AUGCAGAGAUCAAUCUACCCAAAUUCUGUUGGCACAUAUUUCAAUCAAUCUAUCUAUCUAUCUAUCUAUCUAUCUAUCUAUCUAUCUCUCUCUCUCUAUAUAUAUAUAUAUAUAUAUAUUCACUGUACGUUUUUGUCUGCCCACCUGCCUCUCUUUCUCACUCCCCUUGUUUCUCGUUCUCUUUCCCUUUCUCUUUUUAUCUGUCUUUCUUCAUCAUUUCCACUUUCUUUUCUUUUUCUUACUUUCGUUUUCUUUCCAUUCUUUUCUUUUCAUACUUUCAUUUUCUCUGUCUUCCUUUCUUUCUUCCUUUUCCCUUCCUUUUCUUUUUCUUCCUUUCCUCUUUCUUCAUUUUCACUUUCUUCAUUUCUCUUUCUUCUUUUCAUUCUCUUUCUUCUCUUUCUCUUUCUUCGCUUCUUUAUCAUUAAUUUUUCUUUCUUCUUUUCGUCUUCUUUUUCUCUUACUCUUUCUCUUCCACUUUCUCUUUACAUCCUUCUCUUCAUUUUCUUUUCUUUAUUUCCUUCUCUUUCUCUGAAUCACUUUCUGCUUUUUCUUUCUUUCUUCAUUUUCUUUAUUUGCGUCUUUCUAUUUCCCUCUCGUUCUCAUUCUCUUUUCCAUUCUCCCUCUCUUUCUCUUUCUUGCUCUCUUUCCCUUUCUCGCUUUAUCUGUCUUUCUCUUUCUUUUUCACUAUCUUUUUUUCCCUUAAUUUCGUUUUCAUUCCAUCCUUUUUCUUUUUAUUUUCAUUUUCUCUUUCUUCAUUUUCUCUUUCUUUUCGUUCUCUUCUCUUUUUCUUUCGCCUUUUUCUCUUGCACUUUCUUUUUAUCUCUUUCUCUUUAUCGCUUUCUACUUUUUUCUUUUCUCUUUCUUUUUUUCUUCUUUAUUUAUUUUUCUUUCUUUCUCCUUCUUUUUCUUUUCAUUCUUCUUUUUCUUUUCAUUCUUCUUUUUCCUUUUCCUUUUCUCUUUCCUUUUUUCUUUUCUCUUUUUUUCCUACUUUUCUCUCUUUUUCUCUUCUUUAUCUCUCUUCUUUCUCUCUCUCUGUCCUUUUUUCACUCUUCUCCUUCUCUCACUCCCCCUCUCUUUCUCCUCCUAUAA